CACAUGUCAAACGUGCCCCCAAUCCCGGUCUCUAAACAGUGAACACACGCGUUCCGUUUCCUCUAAAAUUCCCACCCCCUACAUUUUAUCUCUCUAAAACUACAACAAUGUCCACAACCGAUCUUCUCCGAUUGUCUCUCAACCCCCUCUCUACCACCAAGCUCACAAGCUUGACUCAUUCCAAUGUCAACCGCAUCCUCCUCCCACUACGGCGGCGUUUGCACCGUGUAUAUUCGCCAGGAGUCCGUACUGUCAAUCGCGUUUUCUCAAAAGCUAUCGAAUUUAAGGCGCCUGAACUCCUACAGCAAGUAAAACCAGCUGAAGAAGAAUUGAUCUCCACAGUUCUACUGGAUGUAUCCGGAAUGAUGUGCGGCGCGUGCGUCACGCGCGUCAAGUCGAUCAUUGCUUCCGACGAGCGCGUUGACUCGGUCGUAGUGAACAUGUUGACCGAGACAGCGGCAAUCAAGCUGAAGGACGGAGGUGAACAGAGUUAUCCUGAUGUAGCAGAGGAGCUGGCUAAGAAAGUGACAGCGAGUGGUUUCGACGCUAGGAAGAGGCCUUCGGGGAUUGGAGUGGAGGCAAAGGUGAAGAAGUGGAGGGAGACGGUGGAGAAAAAGGAGGCGCUGCUUCUGAAGAGUAGGAACCGUGUGGCCUUUGCUUGGACUUUGGUUGCCCUCUGCUGUGGCUCUCACGCGUCACAUAUUCUACACUCCCUUGGCAUUCAUCUCGAUCACGGAUCAAUUUUGGAUGUAUUACACAAUUCGUAUGUGAAAGGUGGUUUGGCUUUGGGCGCUCUAUUGGGACCUGGACGAGACUUACUUUUUGAUGGAUUAAGAGCAUUCAGCAAGGGCUCACCAAAUAUGAACUCCCUUGUUGGCUUUGGAUCUAUUGCUGCCUUUGCCAUAAGUGCGGUGUCACUCUUCAAUGUUGAACUUCAGUGGAAUGCAACAUUUUUUGAUGAACCGGUAUGGUUUGCUAUAACUUGUAUUACUUUGCUUUUUUAGCUCUUUCCAAACUUG